AGCAAGCUGGUGUGAAAACAACUCUCACUGAGCAAGAAGCGGUGCACCUGGGAAAAAAACCACCCAUCCUGAAUGAAUUCAUUAUUCGGAUUAAAAUCUCAGACAGACCAGGACGAAAUUACUUUCAAGACAGACACUUCUCAUUACCUGAAACUUGAGUUUUACUUCCACCUGUUUGGGGACUGACAGAGGGAUUCAACCACAAACAGUUUGUCAUACGACCAGGAAGACCUUCCAUAUUUCUGAAAGCAUACUGUAUUAACAGCAGAUCAAUCAUGGUUGCGGUAAAACCCAAGGACUUAGCUCCUACGGCAACCGUCAAGUUCUUUGGAGCAGGAACAGCUGCCUGUGUAGCAGAUCUCAUCACAUUUCCCUUGGACACAGCCAAAGUCAGGCUUCAGAUUCAAGGAGAAUCAAAGUCCUUGGAGGGAGGGAAGGUGGUGAAGUACAGAGGGGUGUUUGGCACCAUCAGCACCAUGGUGAAGACCGAGGGGGCGAGGAGCCUGUACAACGGCCUGGUAGCAGGACUGCAGAGACAGAUGAGCUUCGCCUCCGUCCGCAUCGGCCUCUACGACUCCAUGAAGCAGUUCUACACCCGGGGAUCAGAAAAUGCAGGUAUUGGCAUCCGGCUGCUGGCAGGCUGUAGCACAGGGGCCAUGGCUGUAGCCUUUGCUCAGCCCACAGAUGUGGUAAAGGUGCGCUUUCAGGCUCAAGUCAGACUGCCAGACAUGGACUCAGUGAAGAGAUACAAUGGCACCAUGGAUGCCUACAGGACUAUAGCCAGGGAAGAGGGCAUCAGAGGGCUCUGGAAAGGCUGCAUGCCAAACAUAACCCGCAACGCCAUUGUAAACUGUGCAGAGCUGGUGACCUAUGACAUCAUCAAAGAACUCAUCCUCAAGCAUGACCUAAUGACCGAUAACCUACCCUGCCAUUUCACAGCAGCCUUUGGUGCUGGAUUCUUCACCACAGUUGUGGCGUCUCCUGUGGAUGUGGUGAAAACUCGGUUCAUGAACUCCACAACAGCACAGUACAGCAGUGCUAGUAACUGUGCGUACAUCAUGCUGACCAAAGAGGGGCCUAAGGCAUUCUAUAAAGGGUUUAUGCCUUCGUUUCUUCGCCUUGGCUCCUGGAACAUUGUGAUGUUUGUCUCCUAUGAGCAAAUCAAGAGAGCAGCCAUGAGAGCCCAACAGUCCUGGGAGUCCCCCAUAUGAGCUCAUCCAGGGAAGUGGAUGUAGAUGUGAAGCCAUCUACACGAUGGAACACAGUGGAGCAAAUAUGAGGCUUUGACUGCCUGGGUUGGCAGAGCAGAUCCAGUGGAGGAACCAGUUACAGAUCACUGCUGUAUGGUGUGUUUGCUCCAGCAGGGGUUGUGUCCCCUCUGUAUUGUAUGGACCAAGGGGGCAAUAGUGCUGGCCAUUAGAAAAAGCUGUCGAUUCCUGUAUGUUGAUGGGAUGAAGAGACUGAUUCACGAAAUCUACAGUGAAAGUUGAUGUCAGGUGGAAAACCUGGACGUCCAGUAGAUGUCAGUCAAGAUAAUGUGCAAUUAAGCAAAUAAUGUAAAAUAUGUACUGUAGGUAAUGGAGUUAACUUAUUGCAUAUGAUUGUUUUGUAUUUAUUUUUAUUAUAGCCAAACAAGUCAGGGAGUCAGGUGGCUGAGCGGUUAGGAAAUCGGGCUAGUAAUCUGAAGGUUGGCAGUUCCCCUACUUGCCUCAGGGGAAUGUCCCUGUACUUACUGUAAGUCGCUCUGGAUAAGAGCGUCUGCUAAAUGACUAAAUGUAAACAAGUAUGAAUUAUAUGAAGUUGUACAUUUGCACUCUACCUUUUACAAUGUGGAUUACUGCUCUUAAGUGAUCUGUUGGCUUUGAUUACUUGAAAAAUGAACCUUUCUACUGUACAUAGACACACUUUCUAGAGAAUAAAGUAUAAAUGGAACACUUUUUUCAGAAUGUAUCUGGAUUAAAUAUUGUAUUAUUAAAGUGAUGUUUCCUAAUAAUAGAAGGAAAAAACAUCUGAAUAU